UCAAAACUGCAAAUCACAGACUGUGACUGCACGGCUGUUGUUGCAAUGGGCGUGGGCAUUGUUUCUUUUUUCUUCCAUGGAUCCUCCCGGUGUACAGGAUGUAUUCUUCGCCUCGCAGCUGCGUGUGAGCAUCGACACCUGCAAGAAAACGACGAAUUACGGAUGAAGAAAACACUGUCGGCUUUUGUUCACCCAGACUGAACGUUUGACACUCGAACGCAUCCCUUGCGAUAGAUACUUCCGACAAAAUGCCAUAAUAUAAAUAAACAGACUUCUCUAUUUGUAUCUAAAGCCUCAACUAGGCUGUUGACUUUUCUUUCAUGAGCUUCUUAUGGCUUUUAUCUGCGGGGCAUAAUUUAGGACAAUAGUGAGGUAAUCACAGCUGGUUCAAGUCAGAAAUGGCAGUGAGCACAUCGGAGCCGCUCUGUCAGCCGUGCGACUACCAUGAAGCUUUUAGAGGGGUGGAGGAGGAGGAGGGGGAGAUGUCAGACAGACAGGCCUUCUGAUUUGGUUGCUGUGUGGUCAGUGGAGCUACAGGUGAAGAGACCUCUGAUGCCUGUCCAGCUGAGUCCAGAGCAGGUGGGCCUGGAGAUGUUGUGUCUCUGCGGGCAGCUGGACCUCCUCAUCAGGGCACAGAUGCAGCAGUUCCAGGAGCAGUUAGGACAAGGCUGCAGCCCAGAGGAGUCAGACACUUUCCAGGCUCAAGGAUCAGAGAUUCUCGACCAGAUGCUGCAGUGCCUUGAACAUCUACCAAAGCCUAUGCCUGAGCUGGAGGACUACCUGGACAUGAUGGGUCUGUCUGUGAUGUUUCCUCGUGUAGAGGUGUUCCUCAUUCAAGGCAGCCCAGUGGACAUGCUGGAGAGGCCGCCAAUGGACGAAUACUUCUUCCACAUCGCCAAACUGAACCAGCUGCUGGUGCUGAGUCAACAGCUAGAGGAAGAUAUCAGACACCUUGGAAGUCAUAAAUACAUUGCCCACCAGCUCUCGGUUAUAUAUCAAGUCCUCAGCUCUUUCAGAGGAAUUCAGGCUUUCUCUGAAAUGAAGAAAGACAUUGAGGCUAACUUCAAACAGAUGAAACAGUCUCUGGUGGUAGAUGAAGGCUCCAGGCUUGAACCUCAGCUGGCUGCUCAUUACAUCAACUGGAUAUUAGAACUAACUCGAAGCUUAACAUCAGUGGUGUUGACGCUACCGGAGGAGCUGACAGAAGACCUUCACCAGGCCGUGAGCUUCAUGUCACAGUUCCUGUCCUGACUCCCCCCGACCAUCUAUGAAUCCCGACGUUCUGCGGCACCAGGUCUCUCCCGGAGCUUCUAAAUGAACUAAUGUUGCUGUGAAAAGGUGCUACACAAUUUGAUUCAACUGAUAAAAGUGGGAUCGGAUAGCCUACUUCAAUUACAAAUCAUGUAGAUUUCCUUUUUUAUUGUCCUCCUGAAUAUGGUCCGUAUUAGUCCCUAUGAUGAGUCAGUUGUUUGGAAAUGAAUGUAAGCUUGUUGAAUCCCUCUUUGCACUACUGUUACAACUACUGUUAUCAUUCAUUUCUUUCUUUUCUGUUUUUUAACCUAAAAUGGAAUAAUAAAAUUAAAUGCAAUAGG